AUUUUUUAUGAAGCAAAAAAAGUAUUUCUUUUAGCCAUAGCACCUUUAAAAUGUAGUAAUUUGAAUCUCUUAUCUAACGCAGUAGCCUACGCCAGAAUUAAAUUGUAUAAAUAAAUCAUAAAAGUAACCACAGUAUUGUCCAAGCGCACAUUCCCUUAAUGAAUUCUCCGUAUUUUACAAAUAUCGAAUACCAGUGUAAUAAAGCGUAUCCGAAUAGAGGGUUUCGAGUUAAUACCCGAAAAAGUGUGAAGGUGUUAAGUCAAAUUUUUAUAUAAAACAUCGACAUAAAACUUCGUUGAAAGUGACAUCGAUGCAUCGAUGUUUUUAGAUUCGAGACAUCGAUGGCUAACAUCGAUACAUCGUUUGCAUCCCUAUCGGCGGCUAACUAUGCGUUGUAGAGUUGUAGGCGUCACUCGGGCACGGAGGUACCGGAGGGGGGUUAAGAUUGUCGCUUGAUAAUAAAAUAAUGUAAAAAUGAAUUGCUGUUCGUUUGUCCCGCAAAAAAAACGAGAACGGCCAAAACGACCUGGCUAAUUUUAGUCUUGAAAUAUUCGUGGAAGGCCAGAAAAUGAUUAGAAAGUGAGUAAAUAUGGAAAAAUUGCGAAGAAGAUAAUAAUAAGAGAAUUUUAGUUGAGUUGUCAAGAAAAAUAUAAAAGAGAAAACAAAAAAAUAAUAUUCUGAAAGUUGUCAUUGUUGCUUUGUUAAAAUAUUUUUGUUAUUGUUCAAUUGAAUAAGGUUGUGUCGAUAGCCCAAAACAAUUUGUAACAAAUAAGGAAAGGCUAAGUUCGGGUCCAACCGAACAUUUUAUACUCUCGCAAUUUAUUGAUGUAUUUUAUUAAGAUGACACACAAUUUGACCUAUAUAUUCGGCAUAAAGUCCAAUAGAAAAUCAUCAUAUAUAGUAUAUGAGGGCUGAUGUAAUUCCAGAACCGAUUUCACUCAUUUUCACCACCAAUUUGGCAUCUGUUAGUAAGCAAACAAACGACACAUUCGGCCUUGAAAUUACUCCUAAAUUGCAAAUGAACGAGACACCAGUCGGCAAAAUAGCGCUAUAACGAAGAUUUUCCAAAUAUUAAAGAGGUCGCUGGAGGUACUGCACAGGACUUUAAAAGAUCUUGAUUGUCGAUGGAUGUCGUUUUUGGUGGAGCCAGGAUUCUGUUAGCGGGUGAUUUACGCCAGACUCUUCCAAUUAUUCCUGGAUCAACUGUUACUGACGGGCUAAUCGCAUGCCUAAAAUCAUUUAAUUUGUGGCGACACAUAAAGAAUCGCCAAUUAACAACUAAUAUAUGAGUGUUUUUGCGAAAAUAUCAAAUUGCGAUUGUAGAAUCAGUUGGAAAUGGUAGGGUCGCAGUUGACACCACGAUGGAUUAAUAGCAUUUCCAACAGAUUUCUGUCACUUCAUUGACUCGAAAGAGAAGUUUUCAUAACAUAAAACCUCAAUAUGAUAACCAUAAAUGACUGAUUGAAUGACCUAUAUUGGUGGUAAAAAAAAAGAUAUCGAUGAUCUUAAUGCGACAAUUUAGAAUAUCGGUGCAAGAGAGUUGACACAGCUACAAACCAGGAUCACGUAGUCAAUUAUCCCAAACUAUUUAAAAUUACCUGUACUAUCACCACUCACUUUGCAAUUAAAAGUAGUGCGAGUUGUCAUCAUGCUACGUAACAUAAAUCAACCUCGAGUAAUCAAUAUCGUCGCCGAAGCUAAGAUUGGACCAACUUAAUUUAAUGUAUACCUUAGCAACAAAAACGUGUGGCCGGGUCUGCUAGUAUGGUUUAAAGUACAUUGAAAGUUUGAAAACUCUGAUAUUAAGUAUAUGGGAAAUAGAUGAAUUAUGACCCGAUUUCACUCAUUGUUGACACGGAGACAUAUUAUUAGAAGGAAUAUUCCCUCAAAAUUUCUAUAUAUAGGGUCUUGAAAACUUAUGGACCGAUUUCGACGAUUUUUAGAAUGGCGAUGCCAAUCUUUAAAUACAGUAUUAUUGCAAAGUUCUGUUCCGAUAUCUUCACUAGUAUAAACUUUAUAUAUUGUAAAGUAAAUUAUUCAGACCGACAUCAGAGUUCCGGUAUAUGGGAAGUAGGCGUGGUUAUGAACCGAUUUCGACUAUUUUCACAGGAUAUCUUUGGGAAGCCAAACAGAUAUUAUGAACCGAAUUUAAUUGAAAUUGGUCGAGUAGUUUCGGAGAUAUGGUUUUUGACCCAUAAGUAGGCGGAACCACGCCCAUUUAAAAUUUUGUGUACCAUUUUUUGUGCAGCACUUCUGUACCAUCUUUAUAAUGAAAUCUAAGGUUUCUGGUGGUUUUCCUUACUGAAAUAAAGCAUUUUUAGUAGUUUUCAACAUAUCUUUGUAUGGGAGGUGGGUGUGGUUAUAAUCCGAAUUCCUCCAUUUUGGACUGUAUAUGGUAGUACCUAAACGAAACGACUCUAGAAAAUUUCCUUGAUAUAGCUUUAGUAGUUUGCGAGAUGUGUACAAAAAUCUUAGUAGUACAUCCACGUAUGCCCCUUCAUGGUGCGAUCCUUCGUACCAAAUUUUGCUUCAAUAGUUUGAUUUAUGGCUGAGUUAUGGCACUUUAUGUGUUUCCGGUUUUCGCCAUUUGGUGGGCGUGGCAGUAGUCCGAUUACACCCAUCCUCGAAUUUGAUCUUGUUAUGGUGCCAAGAAAUACGUCUUCCAAGUUUCAUCAGUCACCCUGAUCAUUUUGAUAUACAUAUAUAACCCUAUAUCUAACUCGCUUAGUUUUAGGACUUACAACCAACCGUUAUGUGAACAAAACUAUAAUACUCUUGUAGCAACUUUGUUGCGAGAGUAUAAAAACUGUAUAAAAAUUGUAGCAAUCACAACAUAUUAUAACUAAUAUUAAAUAAACAUUAAACAUGUCAAUAUUGCAGAAUAAGUUCCAAAUUUUGUUUAAAAAUUAGAAAUUAAUAAAGUUUUACAUACAUACAUAUGUAUAUACGCUUUUUUAAACAAGCUAACAUGAAUUGCCUAUUGGAAAUACACAAAAACUUUAUGAGCUUGAAACUUAUUAAACAUUUUUAAACAAAAUAUGUCAUGAUCCUAUUUAAUAGUAUGUAUGUAUUUCAAACUAUCGAGUCCAAGGCAACAAUAAUCAAAAUCGUCUUUUAUUAUUGAUUCAAGUUUUUUUUAAGAAAUUUAUAAAAGGCUCAGAAGCUUUUACUAAGUUUGACGAAUCGUACACUUUUUAUUAAAAGUAUAUCCGUCUUCCAUGUUAAAGACAGCAAACAAUUGUGCAUUUUGAAAUAUUCAUUAUACAUAUAACCAUAAAAAUAUGCAAAUUAAUUUCUCUGAAGGAAAUCGCUUUCAAUUAUAUAAAUUUGCCUACAAUAUCUAAUGGAUUGCUGAAUAUCUAUGGAAGACAUUGCCAAGUAUUGAAAAGUUUGCGAAGCACUAUCUUGAACCAAAUAUACUCUUUCAAGAUUAUUUAGUGAAAGUUAUUCAAAUUAUUUCAUAGUAAUCGUAUCUUUUAAAAUUUUAAAGUGCCAAAUGCACCAACCCAGGGAUGUACAGUGGAACUUCUAUAACUCGAAGAUCUCCAUAACUCGAACUUUUUGAGUGGCAAUAGCGUUUAGAAGCCAAAUUUCAUACACAUUUUCUUCCCUAACUCAAAUUUCAUAACUCGAAGUUCUCCAUAACUCGAACUCUUGAAGUGGCAAUAGAAGGCAACUUUCAUACAAAUUUCGUUCCAUAAAUCGAACUUUUCGACGAGGGCAUAAUACAAAAUUUAAAAUUUUACUAUCGAGGCAGACUUUUAAAAGAGUCCCUCUAUAUAGUACGGAGGCGAACAAAAAAUAUAAUAUUACACUUAUGGAUUGCAUAAAUCAUCUAACACAAGACAUGGGAUUCAGACGUCAAGAGCCAAACAAUAGCAAAAAAACUAAAUAAAAGAGUGUAUAAAUCUAUAUUUUACAGCUUUUUGGAAAAUUGUAUGUUUUAAUGAAAAUUCUAUAACUCGAAGUCUUUCUAACUCGAAGUUUUUUUGUGGAUUAUGGUGAUUCGAGUUAGAGAAGUUCUACUGUAUUUAUUUGAAUACAAUAUUUUAGAAAUAGUUGAAUCGCAUUAUACACUUAUCAAUAAGUAGCAAUUAAUACCACCAUAAAAUUGAAUAAAUAUGCGAAAUAAUUUAAAUUAAUCCUAAUAAAAAUUAAAAAAAAAUUUUUGGUUUGAUAUUUAUUUAAGACAAAGACAGCGGGCAGAGAAGUGACCAAUCGAUUACAGCAUUUGUAACGAAAAUUAUACCAGAACAAACUGGAAUCGACAAUCGAAAUGGAUAACUUGCGUGAUUUAUCCAGCCAUCGAUAAUCGUAGUUGCCAGAAUGUUCAAGUGGCGAUAUAUUGUCAACAAUCGACUAUAUAAGGACUGCCGGACUGGCAGCAACAUACAUUUCUAAUAAGAGAGUUGUCGAGUAAGGAUAAUUCUAAAGAGAGAGUUUUCGAGUAAAGUGUAAACAAGUUAUAAGUUACAGUUGUAAAGUAGAUUAUUGAGUAAUAAAGUGUGAAGUUAUAAGGAUUAAGAAAUAAAGAUAAAGCUCCAGUUACCGAUACUUGACUUGACUCAGCUUCGAAAAAUUUGACUUGGAAAACUUAGAUGCAGUUAUACUAAACACAGCGCGUAGAAAUCAGCUGUUUUUGAAUGUUGAGAGAGCACACAAAUGUGACAUUUUAAUUGAUUUGUGAAGUUUGUGAAAAUUUAAUAAAUAAUAAAACAAAUUGUUUUGCCGAAUACUUUAAUAAUAAUAAAUUUUAAUAAUGGAUAGUGAUUUAUUCCAAGAACUUGUUUAUUUAAAUAUUCUUCGCCUUCAAAGAAGAAAAGUUUUGAGAAGACGUAAACGCCGCUGGUCCGUUCAUCCAGCUAAUCGGGAUAGAAACCCAAAUGGUUUCUUCUGGAAGAACUUUUAAAAUUAAGAGAAGACGACCAAAAACUAUUUCUUUUAACACGGAUGAAUCGGACAGUGUACAAUAUUCUUUUAAAUAUAAUUAGUCCGUUUUUAAAAAAACCAAAACAACAAGUUGGCGUCGAGGAGCGAGUGGUUAUAACAUUAAUGUACCUCGCUUAUGGAACACCUUUUGAGGUCAUAGCCUCGAUGCAUAAGUUAGGCAAAACAACAGUGCGGAAUAUCGUACUUGAAACGUGUGAAAUACUUUGGUUACAUCUGUCCCCGAUAUACCUUAGCGAGCCAAGUACCGCACAAUAUAAAGAUAUUGCUGCAGAUUUUUUAAAACUGUGGAAUAUACCCAACUGUGUCGGAGCAAUUGACGGGAAGCAUAUAGCUAUUGUUCGUCCACAAAAUUCAGGCUCGUUAUUUUAUAACUAUAAAAAGUUUUAUAGUAUAGUUUUAAUGGCAUCCUGCGACGCUAGGUAUACAUUUACCUCUGCCAGCAUUGGUAGCAAUGGAGGACAAAGUGACGGAGGUGUCUUUCAGCAAUCUAAAUUUGGUAAAGCGCUCUUGGAAAACAAAUUGCCACUACCACCAAGAGCUCCAUUAUGGAAUGAAUCCUCAACAGAUUUUCCACAUUUUUUUGUGGCCGACGCAGCGUUUCCGUUGAAGGAAAACUUAAUGCGACCUUACCCCGGUGCACAGCUGCCACGAAACAAAGCAAUUUUCAAUUACCGGUUAUCGCGAGCUCGUAGAGUAAUCGAAAAUAGCUUUGGUAUUUUAACCGCUCGAUGGCGUGUUCUACGAAAGGUCAUAGACUUUAGCCCAAAGAACUGCGAAACAAUUGUGUUAACCUGCUUGGUUCUUCACAAUUUUGUAAUGUUGAAUGACCAUGAUCGUUGGUAUUGUCCAGAUACAUUUGUAGACACAGACACCGCAGACCAUGGAAUAUUGGAGGGAGAAUGGCGUGAAGAUUUAGAGAGUGUUGGAGGUGCAUUACUUUCAAUAAGUUCAACUCGACGCAAUGCAUCUUGUAUCGCAUUCCGUGUAAGGGAUUUUUUGGCAGAAUAUUUUAUUAACCAGGGAGCAGUUUCAUUUCAAGAAGAUCGUAUUUAGUGUAUAUUUAUUUUAUUUAUAUUUAUAUUUAUUUAUAUCGUAUUUAAUGUGUAAAAUUGUAAUCCAAGUAUGAAGUACUAUACUUUUUGUUACGUUAACUUUUUUAUGAUAUUUUUUAGUAACAUAUUUUUCCGCGCUUUGUAUGUGUGUGGUGAAUCUUAGUAACCCUCAUUAAUUUUAUUAAACUUGUAACAAACCAAUUGUAUUUCAUCAAAGAGAAUUUCCAUUUAAUAAACCUAAUAAUAAUUUUUAUAACGUUUUACAAAUAUCGUGUGUUUGCCCCUUUCACAUACUGGUUAUAAUUCCGCACGUAAGUAUACCUGUGUCAUACGUAUACACCAUAGAUAUAUCUAUAAAUAUUGUUUUAUUUACUGAAAAAGAUGGUAAUUAUCUGUAUUAGGAAGAUUACACAGGCAUAUGGCAAAUGAAUUCUGUAUAGUAAAGUUUAUUACGAAAAUAUAUGUAUAUAUUUUAUUUACCGACAAAAUCAUAAUUAUGACGGUAUCUAAUUAUUAAAUAAGACAUAGGCUGUAUAAUCAAAUAAAUGUGCAUACAAAAUAGGAUAAUUUUUCCCUAUCAAAACGCCAUGAUUCUUUAAAAAAAUUGGUGAAUGUUUUCUGCAACUACACAAUGACAACAACCUUCCAAUCACUAAUCACUACCAACAUAACUACAUAACACACAAAAAAUAAAAGACAAAGACACAAAAUUAAAGAGUUAUAAAAACAAAUUGUUUUAUUUUUUUUUUCAAAUACAUUCUUAAAACUAUUUUUGAAAAAUGAGGUACAUUGUUGUUUCUUACGUCUAGGUAACAAGCGUUUUAAACAUUUUAAAACGAUUUUUGAAAAAUGAGAUACAUCGUUGUUUCUUACGUCUAGGUAACAAGCCUUUUAAACAUUUUAAAACUAUUUUUGAAAAAUGAGAUACAUCGUUGUUUCUUACGUCUAGGUAACAAGCCUUUUAAACAUUUUUACAUAUUAAUUCAAUAUAUGUAUAAAACAUCAAACAAAUGAUUUAAAAAUUAAAAAAAAAUUAUUCGGGUUCCGAUUUAAUAGCAAAUAAUGAAUUUGUUAAGACUUGUAUUGCUUUCAUUUGUUUUAUGUUAUUAUCGUUCAUGAUAGAGGUCAACAUAACACCAAACGACCUCACCGCCUCGCUGCCUUUGCUCCUCUCUGCACACAUGCUUUUGUAUAGCUGGCACGCUUCUUUGAAGCAGCCGUCGUCAUCGCUGUUUGUUUUCUUUACUCUUUUCCGGAUCGGAGUUGAAAUCGACAACUCCGAAGGCGACGAUAAAUUAGUCUGAGAACAUUCAAAACUAAUUGGCUCCAACAGCUCCUACGAAAACAUAUCAUCUGAAAUGUUUGUGGUGCAACGAUUUCUGUAAAAGGGAAAUAAAUAUUUAAUACGUAUAAAAUAUUAAAAAAAUAUUAACUUACGGUCUGGGCUGUAUAUAUUGUUUUAAAAAGCUCAUAUUAUCGAACAAUGGCCAGGUUUCGGCGUUACUUGCCCCACUUCCUGAUGGUGCCUCCAUUUUCCUUACCUCCCUACUGAAUCUUUCCCUUAGAGUCAGCCACCUCUUCGAGCACUGUUCUUCUGUAAAAUAAACACAACUUAAACUAUUAACAUCUACACAUAUAUAUAUACAAAAUAUAUUACAAUCUAAUAAAUAAAUUGUUAAUAACAAUUACUUACCAGUAACACCUAGCUCCUUCGCCACGCUUACCCACGCGUCCCUCUUCCGCUCGGCACUCGGUAGCCUACGCAGGCCUUGUUAUAUAAAAUUUCACGCGCCCGCACUUCUUCUAUUAAUUUUUCAUCAUUCAUUGUGUUUAUUCGGAUUAUUUAUCAAAUGGCAAAAUAAAUAUAGAAAAUUAAAUGAGAUUACGAAAAUGAAAUGAUGAAAAUGAAAUGAAGCGUGCUAUCAAAAAAGCGAGCGAAAUAACUGAGCUGUCACUCUCUGAAAUGUCAAAAUAAAGGGAGAGAGCAAAGAUGCCACUCUCUGAAAUGUCAACUUAACUUGAAAUUCUAAAUUCAACAGACUUUCAAGUCAAGUCAUGCGUUCGGUAAUCAAAUACAUGCAAGGCCCAUUAAACGGAUCUUUUAUGUGACAGUUAUCAAGUCUCUCUAGGUCAAGUCAAGUAUCGGUAACUGGAGCUUAAGUGUAUAGCAGUGGUCGGCACUCCAUACCACAAUUGUGCCGACUCAAGUCACACGUACGCUUACGCUCUAUCAUUCAGUCGUUGUCGAACCAGCAACGAGUAAACAUCGCGUAUGGCUAUGGCACUUUGCAUAAGUGCCCUGCGCGAAAUGCCUACUUUUAUGAAUGUCGUUUCAUGUUAUGUAUUAUAUUUAUGAUUUUAAGCUAUUUAAAGACAGAAAAGUUAAUGCUUUUGUGUUUUAAUAUAUUUGUUUAAAUAAUAAAAUGCGAAUAAAUGAGCACAACCAUUCAUGUUUUAUGAAAAAAUUAAAGCAUUCUUAAAAUGUUAGGCUACAGAGUUCUCACUAUUUCAUUAUUCAUUAUUUCGUGCUCACCUAUACAAUCACAAUUCCUCUCGUGCCGACCACUGGUGUAUAGCUAUUAAAUAGUGACUUUUAGUUGACAAUCCAGUGAUCGGACUCAGGGUAAGUUUCAGCGUUAGCGAUUUAUUUUGGAAAUCCGUUACAAUAUUGUAUUCAAAUAAAUCCAUCCUUGGGUUGGUGACACUUCAUUUGGCACUUUCACAUUUUAAAAGAUUUAAUAUUACUAUGAAACAAUUAGAAUAAUUUUCACUAAAUAACCUUGAAACCUUUUUGGCAAACUUUCAAUCCUUUGCAAUGUCUUCCAUAAUAGCCAAUCUGUUAGACGUUGUAUGUAUAAUUGAAAGCGAUUUCCUUCAAAGAAAUUCAUUUGCAUAUUUUUAAGGUUAUAUGUAUAAUAAAUAUUUUCAAAUGCACAAUUGUAUGUACGAUUCGUCAAACUUAGUAAAGCCUUUUAUAAAUUUCAAAAAAAAAAAACUUGAAUUGGUAUUAAAUGACGGUUUUGAUUCUUGUUAUCUUGGACCAGAUGGUUUGAAAAACUUAUUCAAUAGGAUCAUGACAUAUUUGGUUUUAAAAAUGUUUAAUAAGGAGGCGACCACGACUCGUUUCAUGCUUAUACAAUUUUUGUGUAUUUCCCAUAGGAAAGUCAUUGCCUUUUAAAUACAUAAAUAAUAUUUUAAUACUAGCUUCAUGUGAGCAGUUUAUAUGUCCUUUUUGUUAAUGACACGACUGUGGAUGUUUGAAAAAACGUAUAUAAGAAAAUUUAAACAAAAUUUUGAUUAAAUUUCCUGUUUAUUUAAUAGCGUUAAGAAAUGUAUUAACUUAUUAACUUUAUUA